AUGGAUGAACGAGCUUCGAAACGUGCGAAAACAACAGUUGCUAAGAAUCCAACCGGUCUCUCUGGGCAAUCUUCUGUUCUUAUUCCUGGUGUGAACAAUUCUUUGGAUACGAUAGGCUCCAAAGGUCUUGUCAAAAAGUUUGAGUUCAUUAGGAUAAUCACUGAAGCACUUAUCUCGCUCGGAUUUGACGACAUUGCAGCCCUUUUAGAGGAAAAGUCUGGCAUUCCUCUGCUCAGUCCUAUUGUUAAGCAGUUUCUGAAACUAGUCGAAGAUGGAGAAUGGGACAAAUCCAUCAAUGCAUUGCAGGGAUUUCAACUACAAGAGCAGAAAGUUGAAAAUGCUGUGAAAUUCUUGCUACUAGAGCAGAAGUUCUUUGAAGUUUCGAAGAUAAGAAAUGGUGUUGAUGCUCCGGAAAUUUUAAAGGAGAUGAUGCGUCUUGAUGUUGACAGUAAACACGUCCAUAAGCUCGCGUACCAACUUCUAUCACCUGGUGAAUAUACAGAAAAUGUGAAUUCAAGGUCUGAGAUUGUGAAGAAACUGCAAGACUUGUUUCCUCCUGGAGUUAUAAUCCUGGAAAGGAGGUUGGAGUGUCUCAUAGAGAGGAGCCUUGAAUAUCAGGUGUAUGACUGUGGUUUCCAUAAUGUUCCGGAUAGUGAGUUGUCCAUAUGCUAUGAUCAUGAUUGUGAGGAUCAUAAAAUUCCUUCGGAGACUGUACAGACAUUGGAGGAGCAUACGGAUGAAGUCAGGUUCUUGAAAUUCUCACAUAAUGGCAGAUACUUGGCGUCUUCCAAGGAUAAAUCAGCAAUAAUAUGGGAGAUCAAUGCAGAGGGGAAGUUUUCGCUGAAGCAUAAACUUGAGGGCCACCAGAAUCCCGUGGUAGAAGUUUUAUGGAGUCCUGAUGAUCGACAAGUAAUUACAUGCGGAGAAAAUGAGGUUAUCAGGAGCUGGGAUGUUGAUUCAGGAGCAUUUGUUUGCUCGUAUCAUCCAAGAAAUGGUGUUGGUUCCGUUUCUUGUGGAUGGUUUCAUGAUGGUUCAGGUAUUAUUGGUGGAAUGGCAGAUAGGCGCAUCUAUUUGUGGAAUUUAAAGGGGGCCGAGAUAGAGCACAAGCAAGGCCAACAGGCACUAAAGCUUUCUGAUGUAGCCAUGACGACUGAUGGGAAGUGGCUUGUAAGCGCGGGAAGGGGGAUCUCAUUGUUUGAUAGAGAAACCAACAGAGUUGAGAAAGUUAUUGUAGAGGAAGACAUUAUUACCUCGUUCUCUCUGUCGAAUGACAACAGGUAUCUUCUGAUCAAUCUCAUUAAACAGAAGAUCCAUCUCUGGAACAUUCUAGGUAAACCAAGGAAGAUUUCGGGAUUCGUUGGCCACGGCCACAAGACUAGUCAGUUUAUUAUCAGGUCUUGCUUUGGUGGCUAUGACGAAGAUUUCAUCGCCAGUGGAAGUGAGGAUUCUAAGGUAUACAUAUGGCACAGAACAGAAUCGAAAAAACCUUGUCGAGUAUUGUCAGGACACUCAGGAGCUGUGAACUGUGUGAGUUGGAACCCGAUGGAUAUGCAUAUGUUGGCCUCAGCGAGCGAUGAUGGAACAAUUCGGAUUUGGGGAAUUGACAAGAACUUGAACUGA